AGUGAGGCGCGGCGCGAGCGGACAGCAGCCCUCCUGGGGCGCGGCGGCCGGAGAGUGAGCGCCUCGGGCCGGUCGGGGUUGCGUGUGCGCGGGACCGGGAGCCUCGAUGGAUGCUACAGUGGUGAAUUUGUGGACUCUGUUUGAGCAGCUUGUGCGUCGGUUGGAGAUUAUCAAUGAAGGAAAUGAAAGCAUUGAAUUCAUCCAGGUUGUGAAGGACUUCGAGGAUUUCCGGAAGAAAUGUCAAAGAACCAACCAGGAGCUGGAGAAAUUCAAAGAUCUAUUGUUGAAAGCAGAGACUGGCCGUAGCGCUCUGGACGUCAAGCUGAAGCAUGCUCGUAACCAAGUAGAUGUAGAGAUCAAGCGGAGACAGCGUGCUGAGGCUGAAUGUGCAAAGCUGGAACAACAGAUUCAGCUGAUUCGAGACAUACUCAUGUGUGACACAUCUGGCAGCAUCCAGCUAAGCGAGGAGCAAAAAUCAGCUCUAGCUUUCCUCAACCGAGGCCAAGCAUCCAGUGGCAACCCUGGGAACAAUAGACUGUCAACCAUUGAUGAAUCUGGUUCCAUUUUAUCAGAUAUCAGCUUUGACAAGACUGAUGAAUCACUGGACUGGGAUUCUUCUUUGGUGAAGAAUUUCAAAAUGAAGAAACGAGAAAAGAGGCGCUCCAGCAGCCGACAGUUCAUCGACGGCCCUCCUGGGCCUAUAAAAAAAACCUGUUCCAUUGGCUCCACAGUAGACCAGGCAAAUGAGUCCAUAGUUGCAAAAACUACCGUGACUGUUCCAAGUGACGGCGGACCCAUUGAAGCUGUGUCUACUAUUGAGACAUUGCCGUCUUGGACCAGGAGUCGGGGGAAAUCAGGUCCUUUACAGCCUGUGAACAGUGACUCUGCUCUGAACAGCAGGCCAGUGGAGCCAAGAACUGAGACAGACAAUUCGGGGACCCCUCAGAAUAACGGAGGCAUGCGCCUCCAUGACUUUGUCUCAAAGACGGUUAUUAAGCCCGAAUCUUGUGUUCCAUGUGGAAAGCGGAUCAAAUUUGGCAAGCUGUCUCUGAAGUGUCGAGACUGUCGUUUGGUCUCCCACCCAGAGUGUCGGGACCGAUGUCCCCUUCCCUGCAUUUCUCCCCUGGUGGGAACUCCGGUUAAGAUUGGAGAGGGAAUGUUGGCAGAUUUUGUGUCCCAGACUUCACCAAUGAUCCCUGCUAUUGUUGUCAGCUGUGUGAAUGAGAUUGAGCAGCGAGGCCUGACUGAGGCAGGCUUAUACAGGAUCUCAGGUUGUGACCGGACAGUAAAAGAGCUGAAAGAGAAAUUCCUCAAAGUCAAAACUGUACCUCUCCUCAGCAAAGUGGACGAUAUCCAUGCCAUUUGUAGCCUCCUCAAAGACUUCCUUCGAAACCUCAAAGAACCCCUUCUGACCUUUUGGCUAAGCAAAGCUUUUAUGGAGGCAGCAGAGAUAGCAGACGAGGACAACAGCACAGCCGCCAUGUACCAAGCUGUCAGUGAGCUGCCCCAGGCCAACAGGGACACGCUGGCCUUCCUCAUGAUCCACUUGCAGAGAGUGGCUCAGAGUCCGAACACUAAGAUGGACAUUGCCAAUCUAGCUAAAGUCUUUGGCCCUACCAUAGUUGCCCAUACUGUACCUAAUCCAGACCCAGUGACGAUGUUCCAGGACAUCAAGCGUCAGCUCAAGGUGGUGGAGCGCCUGCUUUCUCUGCCCCUGGAGUACUGGAAUCAGUUCAUGAUGGUGGAGCAAGAGAACAUUGAUGUCCAGCGUGGCAAUGGAAACUCAACACCGCGGACACCAGACCUUAAAGUGAGCUUGUUGGGGCCUGUGACCACUCCUGAAUUCCAACUUGUCAAGACUCCUUUAUCAAGUUCCCUGUCACAGAGAUUAUAUAACCUCUCCAAGAGCACUCCCAGAUUUGGGAACAAAAGCAAGUCUGCCACCAACUUAGGUCAACAAGGCAAAUUUUUCCCUGCUCCGUACCUCAAGUGAAGCCGUUUCUGUAGUGUCCAGAGUUUACUGACCCAGGACACACUGCUGUUCUUCAGCCUCCUGUGUAAUCAGUGCUUUAGCCUUCUCUAGGCUUUAAAUAAAGUUUACUGUGCAUGA